CCACUCAGUUGUAUCGUUCACUCACGUGACCAUAUCGCGCCGUGAUAUACGUGGACCAUGUGACAGUUACCCUUAUGUGUGGAGCGAGGACAGGGCAGCUGUGUUAAGAGACUGGUUACCCUCACUGGAUGAGGCUUGAUACGUGUACUGAAUUAAUCUACUCGAUUUCACUGGAUGAAACGCGCCUGUCUACCGUCCUUGUUGAGUGUAUUGUGACACCUUCACCUUCCUCACAAACAAGAAGCAACCUGAAGAGUAAACACUGCUCAGACCAAUCCUAAAAGGAUGAGUGCUGUUGUUGCUACACAGGGUCAAAGUGGAGUCCACGUCUCCUCUGAUGGACAAGUGAGUGUGUCCAGAGAAGUUACCCUGACUGCCGCCGAGCUAGAUGACCAGGGGAAUUUCUCUCUGAGGGUGAUUCGUGCACGGACCCGCCAAGUUGUUGGGCAAGUCUCAAGUGUAUUUGCCAUAACGGGACACGGCGAAACAGCAGCAUCCACCAGCUACACAGAGGAUGACGGCGAUGAAAUCUCCUUGUCAAAGAAGAUUUGUAUCUGGGUUUGUUCUCUCAUAUUUGGAUCUCUUCCGGUUGCCAUGAUCGUUGUUGGUAUCCUUGACUACAACCUGUGUCCUGGGGACACUAGACUUGGCAUCUACAUGGUGACACAGGGCGCCACCUCUGUCGCCAUCCCCAUCCUGUGUUCCCUGUGGUACUGCUGCCAGUGUGUAUCGGCGACACUCCUGCUGGCCUGCUGUUGCAUCAUUUUUUUAUUCAACAUUGGAUGGGGAAUAACAGGCACAGUGUGGAUCUACGUGUCCACCUGCAAAGACUCCCUGUUGUACACUCACGCUGUUGGAUUCAGUGUUCCCAUGUGGGUCGUCUUCUGUGUCAUUGGCAUCCCACUGUGUUGCUGUAUUUACUCUUGGUGCUGUGGGGGAGAUGACAACUGAUGGAAUACUAAUCACAGUCAAGACUGUGUGUGGACAUAUAUUGAGUUGAUGUUGUCAGAAAUACGAUUGCUUCGCACUGUCCAUUAUAUGCCGUUUGCUGCGAUUCGCCUUCUAUAUCCAUAUACUAGUUUUCUCUUUGAAGUAGGGGUGGUGGGGUAGCCUAGUGGUUAAAGCGUUCGCUCGUCACGCAAACGUGUUUGGACAUUACAAAAUAUGACAAUCUUGACACAUCGUUAGAAAGUCUUAUGAUACAGCUAACUUGUAUUUGCAAAGAAGGUGUGAUCGAUUUUUUAAAAGACUAAGACGAGAUAUUCUACAAACUAUAUUUACUUGACUAUGUAAGCUAAAGAUUCAGUUAUGAAAGAAAGGUAAAUUAGACUUGUUUAACGUGCAUUCAGUUGGAAAAGCUGUCUUUUUAUGUCGCCGUCAUAGAAAUGGUUACUGCACUGACAGAAAUAGUAAGUUUAGUUUAUUAACUUACUGAACUUCACUGUCCACUCAGACACUCACAUGUUUCUUGACGUUUCUGACCAGUUAGUAAUUUUUUACUAAUUAGGCCUACAGUUGACAGUAAAAUUCAUGAAUCUCUGCAAUAGUAUAUUUUCUAUGCUUUAGGAAGUUUUUCUAUACUUUGAUAAAGAAUCUUGGUCAUUGAUGCAAAGUAAAUAACAAUUGAUAUACACAAUGCAGGAGAAAGAUAACAAUGAUUUUCAGAGGCAUUUUAUGUUUGUUUACACAAUACAAUAAAAAGUGACAUGACAUGUAACUACAUAAACAAAUCUUGCUUUCCACUGGUCAAAACCUAAGGUCAAGAUUUUGUUAGUCAUGGAGCAUCAACAUUAACACUAUAUCCCUGACACUUUGCCUCACCUCCUUGUUGUCUCAGAAAGGCGAGCAUGACGCUCAGCAAGGCGGAAGUGAGCAAUGUCACGUGGUCUUGGCGUUGAAUCAGAAAUACGAUACCCUGCUCUCCACGGCUGCCGAAUGCAGUCUACCAGGCAGGACAGUAAAGCUGCUGCUUACUAGCCUUCUUGCUGCUGUUGCUAAUUUAUGAGAAUAAAACGUACAAUGUGUAAACUUG